AUGCUAUAUGACGAACAGUUAUGAUCAUGGAUAGACAUCAGCUCUGUGUGUUUGUUUUUAUAGCUUCGUUCCUAGUUACACAGCAAAACCUGGAUGAGUCAGCAGACAGCAUGUUUUUUCAUUACAACGGUCAAACUAUAGUAGAAUGUCCAUCGAAUGACUUCCAAAUUGAGUUCGCCUCAAAUUGCACGAGGAAAUGUCCGGAAUUCGCACCAUUUUUAUUCGAAAAUUUGUGUCUAACCUUUUGUCCGAAUGGUUAUGAAGCAACGAAGUUUGGGGUUUGUUCGAAAACAGUUCAAACAACUGCAUCAUCUGAACGCCAAAAUGCUGGAGCAAAUUUGCUUUGUCAGAAAGGGUUUUGUCCAAAUGUGAGGCCGUUUUGCGUUAACUACCAAUGCCACACUACUUGUCCAUUGGGAACUGUGAUUGAAGACUUUUCCUGUGUUUAUACCUGCUCAAAAUUAAGCCCAUACAUUUUCAACAACACGUGUGUAGAAGAUUGCCCUAAAGAGUAUCCUUUCAUCGAAGCUAAUAAGUGCGUUGCAAAUUGUUCUACAGGAUAUGUUCUUUCAGAAUCUGAAUGCACUAAAACAUGCCCCCAAGGCAAGUAUAGAACCAGUGCGACUUGCAUAGAUUCCUGCCUGCCGAAAAACAAGUACGAAUUUACUGUUUGGAAUACAAGCCUUUGUUUGGACAGAUGCCCAAUGUUUACAAAUAUCAACGAAAGUAAAUGUCAGAUUCAAUGCCCUAGAGAAUUGAGUUUUCUUUGGAAUAUGUCAUGUGUUCAAAAAUGCCCAGAUUAUGUGCCCUUUGUCUAUGUCCUGUCGAGGCGGUUGCCCCCGUACAAAACUCCUGUGUGUCUACCCUACUGCCCUGACCAAACUUAUACAGAUGGCACUGUAUGUGUUCACAGAUGUAUUACGGAAAUGAACAUCUUUAAUCGGACUUGCGUUAAAGAAUGUCCAGAAAAACAUAAAUAUACUUAUCAACAGAUAUGCGUUUCGGCUUGUCCAACAAAUUCCUUUAUAUUUAACGAUACAUCCUGCCUACAAAGUUGUCCAAUUAAUGCUAGAUAUAUGUUCAAUAUGACAUGCAUGGGAAGUUGCCCCUCUGGAUAUAAAGUGUUAAAGGACGAAUGUGUUGACGCAUGCCCUUCUAAACAUUAUCUAUUCCGUGGGGAAUGUUUCCCUCGGUGUAAUUAUCCGUAUGUGAAUUUUCACGGUUCCUGUCUCCUUCGCUGUCCGGAAGAAGCUAAAUAUCUUUUCGACGAGCAAUGCCGAAACACGUGCCCGGAAACACACCCAUUAACAGCAAGAAAGUAUCGUUUUUCUGUUUUGAACUACUGUGUCAAUUCAUGUGAGGAGCGAGGUAAAAGCCCAGGCACUAUUCUGUAUAAUAUGACGUGCCGUAGCACCUGUCCAUCCAAUCUGUUCACAUAUAAUAACACGUGUGUUGAAAAGUGUCCUGAUGUUAGCAGGUUUAAUUUUCAGCGAAGGUGUUUUGCGAGUUGUCCGAAUGAUUAUUACAGUUUUGACGGUUCUUGUGUGUUUAUCUGUCCUAGACAAGCAGCAUAUAUAUACAAUGAAACAUGUCACCACGUAUGCCCAUUGACACAUGCGUUGCAUUUCGUCGAUACAUCGACGCAACGAAAUGGACAGAAUCCAGUAUAUUGCGUUGACACUUGCAAGAAUACAGGAGAACAAUCGGGAAAACUGGAAUUUAAUAUGACAUGCGUUGACACCUGUCCUUUGCUUACGAGUUACUUCAAUGAAACAUGUGUCGAUGAGUGUCCAAUGACACACAGAUUUAACUAUACUGUCAAAGCAGGAUCAUCAACUGGCUUCCGAUGCGUGUCUAGUUGCAAAGAAUAUCAACAGUUCUCUUUGGAUGAUCAAUGUGUUGAUCACUGUCCAAUAUUGUCACACAACUUUACAUGUGUCACACAUUGCCCGGUAUCUUACAUGUUUAUUUACAACGAGGAGGCAGAUGGGACUUGGCUUCAACACUGUGUCAGUCGGUGUCCAGAUAACACAUAUAAGUUGGAUAAUAAAUGCUACAUUGAAUGCCCAGAGCCACUUGCAUCUUUCUAUGGAAACCGUUCAUGUUUACACCGAUGUCCCUCAUCACACAAGUUUCGCUUUUUGUACAAUGCGUACCCAAAACGUAAGAAUUUGUUCCGUUGCGAAGAGUCGUGUUUUAAACCGCGGUUUGUUUUUGAAGAUCAAUGCAUACCAAAGUGUCCUAAAUCUAAUCCGUAUUCAAUCGGUCAAACAUGUGUGCAUAAAUGUGAUGGCAUACACAAACUCCUGGACCCACAAACGAGAAAAUGCCUUUUUAAUUGCACACAACCGGAUGUCAUAUCAAACAACACAUGUGUUCAGACGUGUCCAUCAGAUUCACGUUUUCUGGUAAAUAAUGAGUGCACUAAAGCAUGUCCAAAAGACGUGAACUUGUCUUCACCAUUACCAAAAGCAAACAUUUGUGGAAGCACAUGCAUAGAUCGCUAUGUCCAGGAAAAUGCAACUUGUGUGCCCUCUUGUUCUAACCAUAACGCUAUCGUGAAUAAUAUAUGCAUUAAUUCAUUCUCUUGUCCACCCGAGUACAGCUUUUUUGAACAGUCUCUUAAAGGAAAGAUUUGUAGAAAAGCGUGUCUAGACAGUCAAUUUAUUAAGAACUUUGAAUGUGUGACCACAUGUGAUAGCUAUUUUGUUAACAAAGAAUGUGUUGAAAAGUGCCCAGCAACACACCAAUUCACAGAAACAAAACUCUUUAAUAAUAAGGAUACAGAAUGCCACACAAAAUGUCCUGCUUCAAGAUUUACUGAUGGACUGAAAUGUGUCAUGGUUUGUGAUAGUAUGUUAUAUACAGAAGACAACACUUGUGUUCAUCAAUGUCCGGCAUCGCAUCCAUUCAGAAGCGAAAUAUUUAAUUUUAUGUGUGUUAAAAAGUGCACGGCUUUGUCAAUGGUAUACAAUAAUACAUCCUGUAUACUGAAAUCAAAAUGCUAUGAAUCGAACGAUCUUCUUGUUUAUGAUAACCAAUGUGUAAACCAAUGCCCCGAAAAUACCGUCCUUGAUACGACAAAGAAGCAUUGCAUAUCGCCUACUGCUGUCUCUCUGAUCGUUGCACCUAUCUUAAUGGCGGUCAGCGUCUUAGUGUUUGUGUGUGUCUGUUUCAUCAUCAAAUCUAACAGUUCUGGUUUAAAGACUAAUAAUGUCAUCGACACAGAUAAAGUACAGCCGUUAGAUUGUGCAUCAGAUAUCAACGAAGAAGUCUCGCACAGCGAUAACUCAUCGGAACAAUUUCGUUCAGAAACUGGAAACGAUGGCGGAGUUUCCAUUCAGGUUUCUAUGGAAGGCUGUGAUGUACCGCUGGUACAAUACCACAGGCAAAUGGAACCAACAACAUCUACAUCUGACCAAUUUUGGGAUAUCUAUGCAGGGGAAAUGCAUAUCAAUGAAAACACUGAAGCAAAGACAUGUUACGACGAAACUCAUUGUUAAGCAGAUAGGGUUCCCAGAUCUCUAGUUUUGCUAUUUUUUCUUCAUAUACCACAAGUACCAGUGAAUACUGAUGGAUAACAGAAAAUUUCUCAUCAUCACAACCACAUGAUAUUAUUGUCAAAACAGAUAUCAAUUUCGCUGGUUAAAUACGAUCAUAACAGAAAUGCAUUUUUUUCUUAAAUGGCACAGUUUUAAUGAAAUUCCUAUAAAGGGUAUAUACAUUCUAAAUUAUCUUCAAUUAUUUCCUGAUUGUUCUGUAUGUUUCUAUUUUAUGUAUGUGUUAUGUCUCCAAGCACAAAGAAUAUGCCUAGAUAGUAUACGGCGGCUGGCCGCGGUGUGAGCCGAAAUCAGAUGAGUCACUAGAUUUCAGUUCUCAUAACCUGCAAAUCUGUCUAAAAUUGAUCAAUGAACAGGGGUCACCGAAGAAUAUAAGUGAAAAAGUUUAUUCCUGUAUCUGGCAGAUUGUAAUUAGCCAAUAACAUUUUUAAUUCAAUUAACAAUAUAUCUCAUACAAACACCUAUGAUAUACGAUUGCUCGUUAAGUUUACGAUUAAUUGGCCACUGACAUGAACCUGAUUGUCCAGUCACCUGUGAUUUGAAUGCAUAAAAACAUUAUCGCUUAAAAGCUUCAUUCAAUAUUCUGCAAUAUGCUUUUUUGUCUUUUUUCAUAUAUUUUGAUAUUUAAUCAUAAAGUUUUUAUUCCUUUUCGCUUUUUUGUUUGUUCUAAUCAGUUAAACCUGAUACUUGUAUAUACGUUUAUGUUGUUUCAUGUUUAUUUUCAUCACAUCUUUCAAUUAUAAUAUCUUACUUUAAGGUUCAGUUAAACCUUUAAUGUCAGUAUAUAAUAAUUAUUAUUAAAUAUGGCUCAAUGACCUCCAAACAGUUUAAAAGACAGCAGCUACUAUACAUUAAGAAAUAUCGUCAAUAUUGUGCACUGUUUUGAUAACAAAAAUAAGAUGGAUGGAAUCGCAAACAAGAUCCAGUUUGAUAAAUAAGUAUAUUGAUGUUAUGGUCUUCAAUCUAUUCAAGACUUGUGCGUACCAAAAGAUGCUUUAGAUCUUUUUUAUCCACAUUAUUUUAACGGCUCAAUUUUAUUUCAGUUUCAAUAUUUUAGUAGUAAAAAUAGGAUUUUCUUUUCAUGUUGUUUUGUGAUAAUCAAAAACAGAUUUCUGGAACAUAAGAAAUAUUUCAUAUGUUUUAAGAAUAUUUUUCAUUCAAAAUUUCAUCAAUAAUAGAUUUUGUAGGCUGUCCAUAUUUUCUAUAAACUACAUUAUUUCAUUGGUCGUUUUUUCCUCUCGUCUUAAAUGGUGGAUAGGGCCAAUUACUGACAGAAAAUGAUGUCUUACUUAUACAUAAAGCGCCUUCAACUGGCAACAGCUUUUAUUUAUUCUCAAAAUACUUGCUUACCGAAUUUAACCUCGAACAUGCGUAUAUUGUUAACAUUUUAUAUAUUUACAAUUUACAACUUAUUCAGGGUUUGUUUAACCUUCUUGUUCGGAUUAAUAUAAACCAGAAAAAAAGAUAUAAUUGUCGAUGUGAAUUGUACUCCAAUGGAUGUUAUUGAAACAUUGUAGACAGUUUCAUGUUACAAUUUAUGACUUUUGUUUAAAAAAUUGCAUUUCAACUUAAUCAUUCAUAUGAUUAUCUUGUCCGCAUAUUAUGUGCAUUGUACUUACCAAACAUGUCAGCAUUACUCCUCUCACCACACUAGUAUUGUUGACAUUGUUAAAUCAGACACUGAUGCUGAAUAAAUAUAAUCGCCUCC